AUUCUUCAUGGCCCAAUUUUUGUCCAAGAGCCACAUGAUGUCACUUAUUCCAUGGACUCUGUAAAUCCAGAAGUCCUGCUAAACUGUACAGCCAAAGGAUAUCCACUGCCAUACUACAGGUGGAAGCAAAAUGGCACAGAUAUUGAUCUUACCAUGAGUUAUCACUACAGGUUGGUUGGAGGCAGCUUGGCAAUCAAUAACCCACAUAAAAAUCAGGAUAUUGGAACAUACCAGUGUUUGGCCACAAAUUCAUUUGGAACAAUUGUGAGCAGGAAGGCAAAGCUUCAAUUUGCAUAUCUGGAGAGCUUUGAAACCAAAGCGAGGAGCACGGUGUCAGUCAGAGAAGGACAAGGAGUGGUGCUGCUCUGUGGGCCUCCCCCACACCAUGGAGGCUUGUCCUAUACAUGGAUCUUCAACAAUAAUACCUUGUAUCUUCAGGAAGAUGAGCGGCGCUUCGUUUCCCAGGAGACGGGAAAUCUCUACCUGGCCAAGGUGGAGGCGUCGGACGUUGGCACCUACAGCUGCGUGGUGAGCAGUGAGGACACACAGCACAGUGUGCAGGGACCCCCUGCACCCCUGGGGAUCCGCAGCGACGGUGUGAUGGGGGAGUAUGAGCCAAAGAUUGAAGUACGAUUCCCAGAGACAACAUAUGCAGCGAAGGGCUCAACCGUCAGACUGGAAUGCUUUGCCCUUGGAAAUCCUGUCCCAACCAUUAGCUGGAAAAGGUCUGAUGGAAACUCACUGGCAAAGAAGAUUGAACCCAACAAAACCAAAGGAGUCCUUGAAAUUCCCAAUGUCCAGCAAGAGGAUGAAGGCCCUUACGAGUGCAUUGCAGGGAACAGUCGAGGAACAAACACUGCAAGAGGUCAAUUAUUUGUCUAUGCACUCCCUGAAUGGGAUACAAAAAUCCAAAAUGCCUUUCUGCCCCUCUAUGACAGUUUGUUUUGGGAAUGCAAGGCGAAAGGAAAGCCAAGUCCUUCCUACAGCUGGCUGAAAAAUGGUCAGCCCCUGGUGCCAGAGGAGAGAAUUGAAGUCAGCAAUGGGACUCUGAGGAUCCCUGUGCUCACUGUGUCAGACUCUGGGCUCUAUCAGUGUGUGGCACAGAACGAGUAUGACACUAUCUAUGCCAGUGCUGAGCUGCGAGUCUUGGCUGCAGCCCCUGACUUCUCCAAAAAUCCUGUGAAAAAAAUAUCUGUUGUUCAAGUUGGAGGUGAAGUUACAAUUGGCUGCAAACCCAGUGCUUCUCCCAGAGCUGUGAUUUCCUGGAGGAAGGGCUCAGAGGUUCUGCACCAGGACAGGAGGGCUGUGCUCCUCGAGGAUGGAAGCCUCAGGCUGUCUAACAUCACCAAGUCAGACACUGGGGUCUACACCUGUGUGGCAACAAACCAGUUUGGAGCUGCCAGAGAUUCAGGGAACCUCAUUGUGAAAG